AGGGAGGAGAGAGAGAGAGAGAGAGAGAGAGAGAGAGAGAGAGAGAGAGAGAGAGAGAGAGAGGCGCAGAGACAUACGGUCACUGGAAUUCCAUCAGAAAAAAAAGUGAGGCGAGCAAGGCUUAGCGGGAGAAGAUUUUUCUAACCCUUUCUUCAUCUUGGUGAGAAAGAAGCGACUCUACUCUGUUUCGACCUAAGCUCCUAUUGGAUUGCUCCUUGGUUUAACCACCCGUUUUUUGGAUUUCUUUCGGUUUUUGCAUUUUAUUGCGACCCCCGGCCAGUCCCAUCCUUCCUUCUCCAACCCUAUUCUCUCGCUCCCUUCCAUUCCCUAGCCCCGUCUCUCUCAUUUGGAGGGGCUCUGGAAUAGUAUUGGCUGUGACUCGCACAUCCCUGGAGAAGGGCUAAAGAGACGUCUAACGGAAGGACUGGGAUAUCGGUUUCUUUCUUUUUUUUUAAAAAUAUUUUAUUUAUUUUUGGGGAAGGGACCAGCGAGAGAUUCCCCAGCAGCCCUGCCUUUACCCCCACCCCUUCAACAUCCCUUUCCAGCCAGAGGAGAAAAUAGCAGGGGCACAAGAUCGUCAUCUGGUGGAAUAUCUGGGAUCACCGCAUUGGAUUUGGGACUGAUUAUUGCUGUUUGACUAUUAUUGUUAUUGGUUGUGUUGUUGUUGUUGAUUUUUUUUUUUUAAAGCCCAGGAGGGAAAGGGCAAAAACUGUUGGAUUUAUUUAACAUGAUCUUAGCAAACACCUUUUGCAUCCUCUUCUUUUUGGACGAGUCCCUGCGUUCCCUGGCCAGCCCCUCCUCCCUGCAGGGCUCAGAGCUCCACGGCUGGCGGCCCCCCGUAGACUGUGUCCGGGCAAAUGAGCUGUGUGCAGCUGAGUCCAACUGUAGCUCCAGGUACCGCACCCUGCGGCAGUGCCUGGCGGGCCGAGACCGGAACACCAUGCUCGCCAACAAGGAGUGCCAGGCCGCCUUGGAAGUACUUCAGGAAAGUCCCUUGUAUGAUUGCCGGUGUAAGAGGGGCAUGAAGAAGGAGCUGCAGUGUUUACAGAUCUAUUGGAGCAUCCACUUGGGGCUGACAGAGGGAGAGGAAUUUUAUGAAGCCUCACCCUAUGAGCCUAUCACCUCCCGCCUCUCAGACAUCUUCAGGCUUGCUUCAAUCUUCUCAGGGACAGGGGCAGACCCGGCCAUGAGCGCCAAAAGCAACCACUGCCUGGACGCGGCCAAGGCCUGCAACCUGAACGAGAACUGCAAGCGCCUGCGCUCGGCUUACAUCUCCACCUGCAACCGCGAGAUCUCCAACUUCGAGCGCUGCAACCGCCGCAAGUGCCACAAGGCCCUGCGCCAGUUCUUCGACAGGGUGCCCAGCGAGUACACCUACCGCAUGCUCUUCUGCUCCUGCCGCGACCAGGCCUGCGCCGAGCGCCGCCGCCAGACCAUCCUCCCCAGCUGCUCCUACGAGGACAAGGAGAAGCCCAACUGCCUGGACCUGCGGAACCUGUGCCGGGGGGACCACCUGUGCAGGUCCCGGCUGGCAGACUUCCAUGCCAAUUGUCGUGUCUCCUACCAGACAACGACCAGCUGCCCUUCGGACAACUACCAGGCAUGUCUGGGCUCCUAUGCGGGAAUGAUUGGGUUUGAUAUGACGCCAAACUAUGUGGACUCCAACCCCACCAGCAUCGUGGUGUCCCCUUGGUGCAGUUGCCGCGGGAGUGGAAACAUGGAGGAAGAAUGUGAAAAGUUCCUGAAAGACUUCACAGAGAACCCAUGUCUCCGAAAUGCCAUCCAGGCCUUUGGCAAUGGCACAGAUGUGAAUGUGUCCCCCAAGAAUCCCGUGUUCCAUGCUACUCAGUCUCCUAAGAUGGAGAAGACCCCAUCCUUGCCAGAUGACCUCAGUGACAGCACCAGCCUGGGGACUAGUAUCAUCACUACCUGUACAUCUGUCCAGGAGCAGGGACUGAAACUCAACAAGUCCAAAGAGCUGAGCACAUGCUUCACAGAGCUCACCACGAACGUCAUCCCAGGAUCCAACUUUGUGGGAUCUCCUGACUCAGUUGAUGGCCGGCCCAGACCUGUGAUCACCCUGACUGCAGUCACCUUCCUAUUGCUGACACUGGCAUUGUAGGUGAUGGGGAGGACCACAUAUGAAGAUUUCCAAAAGCUACAAAACAGCACACACACACACACACACACACACACACACACACAAACCUGCCUAACAAAAUGGAAACAGACAUAUGUACAGACACAUACCAACACACAUAUUCCUUGCAAAAAAAAAAAAAAAAAUCACCUGUCUCUGAACUCCUCUCCUCUCAGCUUUCUGCUCUGGAGAAUUUUUUCUAAAGCAAACAGACAAAGCAGCUGAUUGGCCUGAGAGCUGGUGCAGGAUCUCCCCAGAGCUGGGGACUCAAAGGGCAUCUAAAGAUGCCCUUUGCUUUUCCUCCAAAUUCCCUUUCUCCCUCCUUUUGUGGAAACAAGAGACCAAGGUGAUACAUGAAGCACUUGACUCUGGAAGGACCCAAAGCUGUGACCAGAAGAGGCUGGAGGGAGAUGUGCUCCUGUUACAUUUCUACCUUUGGAACUUGCCCAUGGGACCAAACUCAGCAUCCUGGUGUGUGUGGCCACUGAGGCUGGGGGGGGAACCGGCAGCGUGGCCAGGGGAAUCAGCUCAGCAGCCUUUAGCAUUUCCUCAUGGCGCCUUCAAGAAUUGUCUAUUUUUCUCCCUCUUUCUCUCUAUCUCUUUCCCCCAACUCCCAUGCCCUUAGAGGGGCCGGGCAUUACCUGUUCCAAUUAAUCUGUACUGCUGGUGUUUUUGCUCCCUAAGGAACCUGGGAAGGAGAGGUGUGUGUGUGUGUGUGUGUGUGUGUGUGUGUGUGUGUGUGUGUGUUUGUGGAGGGCAGGGGCUGGGAAACACCUUCUGAGCCUGUGAUUCAUCACAGCAGGGUGUCUCUGCCCAGACUAAGGGGCUCAGCCCCGCCUGUGCUUAGGCAGUGGGUACUGAAACAAGCUUUGGCCUCCAGGAAGGCGGGGGAGCCUUACUUCCACCUUCAUGGUGAAACUUUUACAAAGCAAAGCAAGUACAUAUUCUGUUUCUAGUCGGUUCAUUUGGUGGGUUUUUCUUUAGGGAGAGGAGCAAAGAACAGCAGGAGAGGCUACAGUUAGAAGUCUAUAGGUAUUCAACUCUCUCCCUCUCUUUCUUUUCUCCUUCCCCAGUCCCUCCUGAGAAAUACAUAGACUGUAUGUAUAUAGUGAACUCUCCUUUAUUGACAUAUAUGUAUAUAUACAUCCCAUAUACAUAUACUGUGUGUUUUCCCCCUUCUUUCCUUUUUUUAAGAAACAAAACAACAAAAAAAAUUCCCAAAAGAUGAACGAAAUGUAUUAUUGUAAAGUUUAUUUUUUUUAAUAAUGUUGUCUAUAAUGGAAAAAAAGGAAAUUUAACCCCCUUGUAUUCCUGGUCCAGACUCACCAAUAGGGCUGGAAAAGGACGGGGGCAGCGACCAAUAUUCACGCUUAACCAAUGGUUCCAAUAAAUGUACUCGGAAGCAAUUUGCUUUCAACUUCACUCUA